UUCUGUAUCUACCCAAUUACGCACAUUUCCAACCCAAUAUAAAUUCCCAGAGUGAGGCUUCAAUAGUUUAACUCAGUAGGCCAUAUGGAAGGAGGUCGAAGCAGAGGCAAAGCCAGAGAAGAGGGACAGAGGGAUGUGAAGUACAGAGGCGUGAGAAUAAGGCCGUGGGGGAAGUUUGCAGCUGAAAUACGCGAUUCGACACGGCAGGGAGCUCGGCUGUGGCUUGGCACUUUCAACACUGCACAAGAGGCUGCAAGGGCUUAUGACAGAGCUGCUUUUUCCAUGAGGGGUCCUCUUGCAAUUCUCAAUUUUCCAAGUGAAUAUGGUUUGCCUGAAGCUGAUCAUUCUCCUUCUGCUGCUUCUUCUUCUUCUUCUUCUUCUUCAUCUUCUUCGUCUUCGUCUUCAUCUAAUUUUUCAUCUUCUUCUACAUUGCAUAAUAAUGUGACCACCAGGACAGAAACAGGAAGAGAAAUCUUUGAGUUUGAGUAUUUAGAUGAUAGUGUGUUAGAGGACCUUCUUGAUUUUGACAACAAAAGCAAGAGUGAGUGAAGAACUUGGCGUAAUACAAAUCACACAACUCAAAUCUAUGCUUAACUAGUGAAAAACCGAACGUCAACUUCAGAAUUCUGUUUCUGCAAAUCGAAGCUUCAAUUUUUUUUUAUGUUCUCUCUGUUU